UUUAUUAAAAAAAAAUUAGUAAUAGAUAAACGAAAAAGAAGAGAUAAAGACACAAAAGGAAAAUUGAAUUAAUUAGAUCAAAGGAGAGAGAAAGAAAGCAAAAAAUAAAAAAGUGGGGCGAUUCUAGAGAGAGAAGGACACAAAAAGACCCCCCAAAAAACAAGUAUUUAAAGCCACCACAAGGCCACUCGUACCACUGCAAUGAUGAACUACUCACCACCUAAGAAGCAGAAGAAGAAUCAGCUUAAAGGCCCUCUCUCACCCUAACCUCAACUUUUUUCUUUGAUUAUAUACAUAUAUAUAUUCCUAUAUAUAUUUUCUUUUUCUCGUCUACCCAAUACAGCUUUUGAUCAUUUAUGAGCUGGGUUCUUUCUAGUUUCUCAAAUUUCGAAGCCUAUAUAUGAGCUUUUUAGCUUUGUUGCUUACAACACACGUUAUUUAAGCUGUUUCGCGGCCUUGAAAAAGCUGCGAUUUAACAGUUAACACUCAUUUGCCUCUCUCUCUCUCUCUUUCUCUCUCCUUUUCUCCAAAGUCUCAAUCAUUCCCUCUAUAAAAUCACCAAUAUGGUUUCGUUCCUUUCUGCACAAUAAUCACACUGCCGAUCUCUCUAAACUACUUUCACAUAAAAACUUUCUCUAUAUAUAGCUCAUCCUCUUUUUCUCUUCGUAUUCCUUUUUUCUUCUUCUUUUUGUUUUAUAUAUUCUCGUUAAAACAAAAAAAUGGAUGGAGAAGAGAGAAAAGUUUCAUUAGUGGUUAGAAAUUAUGACCCCAAAACAGACCUUUUGGGAGUGGAAGAUGUUGAGCGGCGGUGCGAGGUUGGACCUAGCGGUGAGCUCUCCCUCUUCACUGACCUUUUGGGUGACCCAAUUUGCCGAGUCCGUAACUCACCUGCUUACCUCAUGCUGGUAGCUGAGUCGAUAAUUGGGGAAGAGAAAGAGAUAGUGGGAAUGAUCAGGGGAUGCAUCAAAACUGUUACUUGUGGGAAAAAACUUUCCAGAAAUGGCAAAAAUAAUAACGAAGCUACUCCUAAACCUGUGCCUGUUUACACCAAAGUCGCUUAUGUACUUGGUCUCCGCGUUUCUCCUUCCCAUAGGAGGAUGGGUAUUGGGUUGAAACUGGUUCGUGAUAUGGAAGAGUGGUUCAGAAAAAACGGUGCUGAAUAUUCUUACUUAGCAACCGAUAACGACAAUCAAGCUUCCGUUAAUCUCUUUACCGACAAAUGUGGAUACUCAAAGUUCCGUACACCUUCAAUACUCGUCAACCCGGUAUUCGCUCACCGGGUCCGGGUCUCUUCUCGGGUCACCGUGAUCAAACUUCCGCCUUCCGACGCCGAGUUCCUAUACCGGAAGCGUUACGCCACCACUGAGUUCUUCCCCCGCGACAUCGACUCGGUUCUCAACAACAAGCUCACGUUGGGGACGUUUCUAGCAGUUCCACGUGGCACUUACACGGCGCAGACGUGGCCCGGGUCGAACCGGUUCUUGUCUAGCCCGCCCGAGUCGUGGGCGUUGCUGAGCGUGUGGAACGCCAAGGACGUGUUCACGCUCGAAGUCCGUGGCGUGUCGCGAGUGAAGCGCACGCUCGCCAAGACGACUCGUGUCCUAGAUCGGGCCCUCCCAUGGCUCCGGCUCCCUUCGGUGCCCGAGGUCUUCAAGCCUUUUGGGCUGCAUUUCUUGUAUGGUUUGGGAGGAGAAGGCCCACGCGCGGUUAAGUUUGUGAAAGCGCUUUGUGCUCACGCGCAUAAUUUGGCGAAGGAGCGUGGGUGUGGUGUAGUUGCGACGGAGGUUUCGAGCCACGAACCGCUUAGGUUAGGUAUUCCGCACUGGAAAAGACUAUCGUGCGCCGAGGAUUUGUGGUGCAUUAAGAGACUUGGGGAAGAUUAUAGUGACGGGUCUGUCGGUGACUGGACCAAAUCACCUCCUGGCCUGUCCAUUUUUGUUGACCCCAGAGAGAUCUAAUUUCGUAAAGAAUCCAAAUUAGCUUCAAAAACAUCAUUAGCUAAUAAUUUAAUUUUUUUUUAGGAAAAAAAAGAAAAAGAAAAUGAAAUCUUUUUCCUUUUUCUUUUUCUUUUGAUUUUGUAACCUUUUAUAUUUAGAUGAUAUUCUCAUAGGAUAAGCGAUUUUAAUAGGAGUGGGGAAAGAGUUCCUAUACACAAAGAUAUGGGUCUUUUGUUGUAAAAGGGAAUAUCAUCACCAUUGUUUUUUUUUUUUUUUUUUCUAAAUGUCAUUAAUACUAGUCAUGUAAAUGAAUGUGACAUUUUUAGAUCCUCCUUGAGCCAAACACAGCCUUAAUUUUAAUGUGGGGUUGGAAUUAGCUUUUUAUUUUUUAUUUUAUAUGAUGGGAUUUACUUUAAUUAUUCUGAAA